AUGAACUCACGAAAGACAACGUCUUCCUCCACUUUCGAAGUAGAAUUCUCGACGACGUCGCCCCAACCAAGCUCCACCCACAUCGGCCCCGUGGUGGAGUGUGAUGGGGAACAGAAGCAGACCCCCACCGAGGGCGAGGAUCCCCAGCCCAGUGGUCCAUCCUGCAGGCGAGCCAGUAUCGCAUGUGUGAGAUGCCGUCGCUGCAAAGCCAGAUGCGACAAUGACAAGACCGGGGCGCCCUGCUAUACCUGCGCCAAGGCCGGAGUUCCCUGUCACUUCCCGGAACCUCGUCUGCGCCCUACAAAGCGGCCACCGCCAUCCGCCAUAUUCGAGCAAGAGGCGAAAGUAAGGCAAAGCCAGAGGCGGGCUAAAAAGCUCAUGGGCUUGUUCCGCUCGCUGGAGCAUCGCCGGGCCGAACUUGUCCACGAGGUGUUGGCCGCGUCGUACUUGACAGAGGCCGUGUGGCUACGCAUUCUCGAGACUUAUAAGCUGCACUUCAGUGCUGAGACCCCAUUCAUACACUUUCCAGAUAUCGAGGAGGUCGUGGUCACUCGGCAAGUCACUCGACCUGCGGGAGAGGUCAACUUGAUUUUGUUGGGCAUCCUCGCUCUCACUACCAGAUUUCACCCCGAUUUGAUCAGAUACGUCUCGCUUGCGGCGAACGACGAUGCCCCUAGUAUGGGAGAUGGCUUUGCCCAGCACCCAGAGGCUCCCUACCUCGCUUCAAGGGCCUCGAGCUUCUUCGCAGACACUCUAGCCAUUGCACUGGGUCCCUUGGAAACUGCCUUGACCAGAGCCACUCUCUUUCGCGUCCAGGCUUUUCUCAUGCUCGGUUUGUUUGAGUGGUGCCAAGGCGACAAAGGCGCUGCAGCCUCGACCUACGUCGCCGUAGCCACACAACUGGCAUUGAAGCUGAAAUUGGAUGUCGAGAUCAUAUCGAUGACUGGAAUGUGGUUGUCAGGACCCGGCAUGACGAACGAUCAGGAGAUGAGACAACGGACGAUGCUGAGUUGUUUGAUCAUGGGUUGCUUCUUCUCAUAUGGAUCUGAGCGGCCCUCAGCUGCAUGUCUUCCACGCCUGCGGGUCAUGUCUUCCUGGUCGGAGCGAGUUCCUGGGCUUGGCCAGCCUAUCCAGGCCGAUUUCGCAACAGGAGUCAGUCGGGUUUCAGAGAUUCCUCACCCCAGUCUUCUAUGCUACUAUGCACAGCUCGUCGACAUCUGGGAAACACUCACCAGCUACGUCUCUGCCGGUGGGCGGAACGUGGAGACAUAUCCUCCUUGGUGUAAAGAGUCAAGGUUUUCGCAGAUCAAGGGCAGGCUCAAGAACCUCUCAGGCUCCCUCCCGGUGGAGUUUAGCCUGUCCAAAGCAACAGAGCGAACAGAUUGCGGUGGAGCACUUGUGUCCUUUCACGUCCUCGACUCCCUUUGCCGAAUCAUUUUGUAUCGGGAGCUCGUUCCGUUCAUCGCUAUCCGAUGCCCGAAGCCGGUCGGGCCAUUGGCUGAACGCACCUGGGCGUUCACAGGCAUAAGCAUGCCGGAUUCAUUUUGGGAGGAAGGCGCUAGGGAGCUUUUCACUUCGGGACGGGGGAUUGCUCGCUUGAUUGAGGACUCUCAGGAGAGAGCUCCACUUUCACCUUUGGUCACGUUCGCCGUUUAUCAGGCAGGAUUCGUCGGUAUAUAUGCGAAGCAUUUUCCGCACAUGGAUGCGGAACACAAUCCGGCCGGUGCAAAAUUCAGGGAAGUAGACAUCGCGUACAAGUGGCUGGAUCGUGCUGCUUCCCACGCUGCCAAUGCGAAGGCAUACACAACUCAGCUGGUCGACGCCGACCGUUAUUUCACUCAAGUUUGCUUAGACUUUGACGCUGAACAGCGGCUGAUCUACGACCGCUCUCACGGCGGUCUAGAACUCGACUGCGUGAACGGCGGGCGACCGAGUGGCUUUCAGGGAAGCACACAAGUAGCCGAAGUGGGGCUCGGUCCAUUCGCUCGUAUCCCAUCGGUGGGUGGCAGACCGUUUUGUUCUGUCCGUCCUCACGGUGUCGAGCACACAGAGCCCAGAGCUUCAAGAUACUUUGCACACCAAGCAAGGCGUAAUGUCAGGGAUUAUGUUCUCCGUAUGGAGGGUGAGCGGUUCGCGGUGGCUCUUCAGGAUGUGAGGAGCUUCUCAGGGUUGACGGAGAAUCAGGAAGAAUGA